AGAGGCAAAGGAUGGUAUUUUUUUUCCAGCCUUUGAGGAGGCUGUCCCUAAAUUGUUGAGUACAUAAGAGGCUCCCUGUGUGCGACCCUCUCAGCAUUCAAGACCAGAGUGUGAGGGGAUCCAGCUUUUCUGCCUUCCAGCUCAGCAGAGCUCAUCUCACUACUCCAGCUCUACUGUUGUCCAUUGCUCACUGCCGGUCUGAUUUGUAUUCCUCCGGAUCUUGAAAGGAUCAGAAGAGGUUGCUGAGUGUUUAUCGAGUGGAGGAGCGAGAGUCAGAGGCUGCCAGAGUCAUCAUGGCCUUGUCCCAGGAGCGGAGUGCAUGUCUGGGGCUCUGGGUGCUCCUUUUGCUUGGUGCAGGCAUGGAGGAAGUCGUGGAGGGAUGUAGCUGCAACCCAGCUCACCCACAGCAGCUAUUCUGCAGCGCUGAGAUUGUGAUAAGGGCAAAGAUCUCCGGUGAGAAGAUUGUGUCGCCUAGCAACAGCUCCUCACCUUACAUGAAGAUGAUUCAAUACGAAAUCAAAAUGAUCAAGAUGUUCAAAGGUUUUAACAAGGCCAAGGAUAUCCAGUACGUGUACACUCCAGUCUUCUCGUCUCUGUGUGGAGUCAAACUGGACUCGAACAAUAAAGCAGGGUACCUGCUCUCAGGAAGUAUGUGGAGUGAUGGAAGAAUUUCUAUUGGCCAGUGUGACCUGGUAGAGUCCUGGGACAACUUGUCACUGUCACAGAAGAAGAAUCUCAACUACAGAUACCAGAUGGGCUGUGAGUGCAGAAUCAACACCUGUUACACGGUGCCGUGUGCGUCUACAGGAGACGACGAGUGCUUGUGGACUGACUGGCUGCUUGAUAACAGCUUAAAUGGGGAGCAGGCUCGGCAGUACGCCUGCAUCCGUCGCUCCGACACAACCUGUAGCUGGUACCGCGGAGGACCUCCACCCGAGAAAGACUUCCUGGACAUGUCCGACCCUUGACCUGUAACUCUGACAUUCAAUUCACUCAGUUCCCGACAAGCAUUUCCUGCUAUUGCAUAAACAUUGUUUAAAUUUGGCAUGCAAAGCUGCAUCAGAUUUAAAAAAAAAAAAUUAGCUGAUUUUUCUAUCAUUUGAGGAAGCUAUAUCUUCUGUUAUCAGAGUUCAGGUGGUUGCUUCAGCAGUGCUAGGACCUUUUAUUUUGAAAGUGCAGGUUCUUUCAACAUGACUCAUUUUCUAGCUCUCACACUUCACUCGCUGUUUCCACAGAAUCAGAAUAGCAGCAGACCAUCCAGAGUGUAUCUCCAGAGGGAACCUUUUCUUCAUAUCUAAUGAUGUGAUGGUAAAUGCAUAACCAUGAAAAAUACUGAGGACCUCAAAUUUGUUUUACUAACUAGAACAAAGGUUAUAUAUAGGACGUUUGGGCAUUUACUGUCAAACAAUAGGAGACAAGUUGUACAAUCCUUGAUUUUGCUUGGAAAAAGGUUACUUUACAAAAAUGUGCACUACAUUAUUUUUUCAUUUUCAUUUCACGUCUUUUCUUCUCACAUGAUGGUGUUUUUAUUUUUCUUAUGCAAACUAUUACAACUAUCCUGUUUCAACAAAAAAGUCACUGUAUAUAAAAAAAAAGCACAGACAUUCCCCAAACAGUUAUGUGUUGACAUAAUCUGAAUGAUCUCAUCAUCAUUUCUGUAAAUCAAAAUCUUCACAGUUUGUACUCUAAACUGCAGAGAAUGUAAAUAAUGUACGUCAUUAAGAACUAACAUUUUAAAGGCUAACAGGAUUGUGUCUCAGUGAUUGGAUGUUAGGAUCUUGUAGUUUUCUGUGUGUAGUUUCCUCAGUUGAACUCUUUACUAUUUCAUCUGCCAAAAAAAACCCUAAUCCAGCGCUUUAAUAACAACACUGCCACCUGUAGACGCAGAGCCACCUCUCCGUCAAGGAAAUGAUGUAACAGGACACGGUUCAAUUCCGCACCAGGAGGUGGACUAUCCUCAACUUUCAAGUAAUGAAAAAAUUACAUUUUAGCCUAAAUUUAACCAGAAAAAGAAAAAAAAACAUAUACAUCAAUGAGCUGAAAUUAAUAGUUAUUGUUGUUUUUAGGCAUUAUUUUAUAUAAUUACAAGACCCAAAUCAGAAUUGAGCCCUGUGUUGUUACUAGACUACUUCAGUGAAGUCACACAGAUUAAAAAGCAUUAUAACACACUGCCUUCUUCAUAAAAAAAACAAAAAAAAAACAA